ACCAGCCUUCCGGUUAGAUAAGAAAUGCCUCUCUCUCCUGCUCUCUCUCUCUCUCAGUCUUUCACACUUCUCUCCAUGGAGGCAAUCUCUCCUUCCACUGUUGCCUGUCGGCACCUUUCUCUUUCGUUAGCUUCUUCUACCACGCAGACGGUGCCAGGCACCCUUUUCAAUCUAAACGGAGCCAGAAAACCCGUGCUCUUCUCGUCCUUUUGCGCCCCAAUCUCUGCUCUCUCAAUUGGUUCUGCAGGCAAUGACCCGUUCGCGAGAGUGAUAUGGGGAUGGGUACAUGCAAGACAUUUGAGUAUCAGAAGGGAAGGAGGGCUGAGGAUUCGCGCUGAGAUGUUUGGGCAGCUGACCAGCAGCCUCGAGGCUGCCUGGUCCAAACUCAGGAAGGAAGACAUUAUAACAAAGGAGAACAUUGUUGAACCCAUGCGUGAUAUUAGAAGGGCUCUUUUGGAAGCUGAUGUUAGCUUGCCUGUCGUCAGGAGGUUUGUCCAAGCUGUUACUGAGCAAGCAGUUGGUGUAGGCUUAAUCCGUGGGGUUAGACCUGACCAGCAGUUGGUAAAGAUUGUCAAUGAUGAAUUGGUAAAGUUGAUGGGUGGGGAAGUGUCAGAACUUGAAUUUGCAAAAUCUGGUCCCACGGUAUUUUUGCUGGCAGGAUUGCAAGGGGUUGGGAAGACAACUGUUUGUGCAAAAUUGGCUUUCUAUCUAAAGAAACAGGAGAAGAGCUGCAUGCUCAUUGCGGCAGAUGUGUACAGGCCAGCAGCAAUUGACCAACUUAAGAUACUGGGUGAACAGGUGGAUGUGCCUGUGUAUACAGCAGGAACUGAAAUUAAACCAUCAGAAAUAGCAAGGCAAGGCCUUGAGGAGGCAAAGAAGAGGAACGUGGAUGUUGUCAUUGUGGAUACUGCUGGAAGGCUUCAGAUAGAUAAAUCCAUGAUGGACGAGCUGAAGGAAGUCAAGCAAGCAGUUAAGCCAACUGAAGUUCUGCUUGUGGUGGAUGCAAUGACUGGCCAAGAAGCUGCAGCUCUGGUAACAACAUUCAACAUUGAGAUUGGUAUCACAGGCGCCAUUCUAACGAAGCUGGAUGGAGACUCUAGAGGUGGAGCAGCUUUGAGUGUUCGAGAGGUAUCAGGAAAACCUAUUAAACUUGUUGGACGUGGGGAGCGAAUGGAAGAUCUUGAACCUUUCUACCCUGAUCGAAUGGCUGGUCGCAUCCUAGGAAUGGGAGAUGUUCUUUCAUUUGUUGAGAAAGCACAAGAAGUUAUGCGUCAAGAAGAUGCUGAAGAGUUGCAGAAGAAAAUAAUGAGUGCAAAGUUUGAUUUCAAUGACUUUUUGAAGCAAACACGUGCUGUAGCACAAAUGGGUCCCAUGACACGUGUAAUUGGGAUGAUUCCAGGAAUGGGCAAGGUGACUCCUGCACAAAUUCGUGAAGCAGAGAAAAGCUUGAAAAUCAUGGAAUCAAUGAUUAAUGCAAUGACUCCAGAGGAGAGGGAACAGCCUGAAUUAUUGGCAGAAUCACCAGAAAGAAGGAAACGAGUUGCAGCUGAAUCCGGGAAAACAGAACAGCAGGUGAACCAACUGGUUGCUCAACUGUUCCAAAUGCGUGUUCGCAUGAAGAACUUGCUCGGAGCCAUGGAAGGUGGGUCAAUUCCUGCAUUGAGCAAUCUUGAGGAGGCACUUAAGGCUGACCAAAAGGCACCUCCUGGGACAGCCAGACGAAGAAAGAGAUCAGAAUCCAGAAGGCAAUUUGUUGACUCAUCGGCCGCAAUGCCUACCCCACGUGGUUUCGGAAGCAAGUCAUGAAGCUUGUCUUCUGGACAUGCAUGAGCCUAGUCAUUCUGGAUUGAUCCUUAUGCAAUUCUAUUUCUUUGAAGACAUAGGAGGCUGGCUGUCUCCCCAUUCCUAUUUCUUAUCGUUGUUCUUCAUUCUUGGUGUAAAUCUUCUUUAGCUGCUUAAAAUCACUGUAAAUUUUGACAAUUUUAUAAUGAGAAUGAUCUUUGGCGUAUGGCCCUUUCUCUUUCA